CCGGGGCGAGUCGCUCGUUGUGAGGGUCGAACAAGCUACAAGAACAGAAUAGGGGCCGACCCAUCCAAAAUUCUAUCUGGUGAAUGCGCAUCCACCAAGUCUUACACGACACACAAUCGCCUCUGUCGACAUGGCGUGCCGACUGGUUCGGGCGACUGUCAUCUUCGCCGCAUCAUGGACACUGUUGGUUGGAUUGGCACAGGCUGGCGCCAUUGCUGUCUGGAAUCCGGACGUGUAUGCGCCACAGGUGAUCAUGCAGGAUGAUGCCUCGGGGAUUAUAUUUUCCAGCAGAUGCAACAGCAACGGCUCGACGAUAUUCCCCAACGACGUAUCAAGUGCCCUAGACAUAGACAAGAGGCUGCUGCCCCGGAGGAAAUCGAGGCUCGCGGCUGUCGGAUGGUGGUCAGAGGACGGCGACCAAUGGGCUGCGAUUCAGCACCAGACCAAGGACAAUGCCAUCGUCCACAGUCUUUGGAUGUGUAACGCGGAUGGCCAAUUCGAUUCCAUGGGGCAGUGGAUUAUAUCUUACAUCACUCCUGGGGUACGGCCAAACACCGGCUUGGCAUCAGUCAUCCUCAGCAGAAACGCAGGCUUUCGCGUCUACUAUCAGGACAACAACAACUCGACAUGUGCUCUGAGCUAUAGCGCCAUACAGGGCGUGUGGAAGUACGACGGGGUUGUUUCUCACGACGGAGCUCAAGGGUCCGCCAUCAGCGCGGCAUGGACAACGCCAGAAGACAUCCACAUUGCCAGGCCAAGGGGUGAGCACGAAAUCGAAGUCGCACGGCUACACAACAACGUGACCUGGGAACUCAGCACCUUCCCAACGCCUCUCGAGAACGUUACUACUCUUUCGAACAGUUCUACACUUGUCAAAUCCUUGCCGUCUGACUCCACCAACUCGACAGAGUUCGCACUCAACACCACCGUUGAUGCUUCAUGGACUCUGGAGGCUUGGGACGGCAACACCACGUCGAUAUGGUACACGAUCGACAGUGCCAACAAGAGCAGCAUUUUCUAUAUCGGCACAGAUGCUCUGGUGCACCAGGUGGAACAAGUGGGAGAGAGCUGGCGAAUGGCUCCCGCACAGAACGCGUCUGUAUGGCCGCCCGCAGACAGCCGCAACAGCGAGCUCGGUGCGACGUACAGCAUACUUACGGGAGAGGCGUGGCUCUACUACAUGAGUGGUGGUCACAUGGUGGCCGCGUAUCGGUCAUCCAACAGCCAGUGGGAGGAUGCGAGGGUCUUGGGCAAGUCCAAUGUGACGACGGCCGAGCUGCAGUCGCAAGGCGGCUUGACGCUGCAGGCCAAGAUUGGCGUGGGCGUAGGCAUCGGCCUGGGCGUGUCGGCCAUCGCAGGAUUCUUGCUGUUCGUGGUCUUGCUGCGUCGCCGCCAGGCGCGAGUAGACGAGGAGAAGUGGCAGGCGUCCUCGGCCAAAGGCAGCUCUGAGGACGGCAGUGCCGAGUCUCCUUCAUCUGCGUGGGGCAGCAACUGGCCCAGGUCUUCCGAUGGCUCGCAAAGUCCAGUGUCAGUCUGGAUACCAGAGGCACACUCUCGGCCGGUUCACGAGCUCGAGGAACAGGUUCGCACGCAUGAGUUGGCGGACCAGGAACGCAUAUCCGUGGCCAUUCCGGAAAAAGCAGCACAACACUGAGGAGGGUGCUGGUUUUUAGGAUAACGUGGUCUCUGGUUCAAUGGAAGACAUAUGCCUCAUCUCGCAGGCACCUCUAUGUGAAAGUGUCGCGGCCAGGCCGGUUCGUCUGUCAAGAGCUGUGAGCUUUCUGGCUAUCGAUCGUGUUCCAACAAAAUGGUUGUGGCGGUAUUUUGAAGUGAAGAUGCAUGAAUGUCGACCUCGACGUAAAACUGCGAAUGCGAGACAGCUAGCCAAUGAUUUGAUGCUGAGGAGUGUCGAUGACGCAGCAUUUGGGACGCUGCGCCAGGAGCUGUUU